AUGGUCGACCCUGUAGUCGAACCAGGCGUAGAAGAUACCCUGCAGGCGAGAGAGGCUGUUCGCGCACGCCACGAGGCUGGCGGGUACGGCGAGGCGGACCUGGAGAUUCUGCUCCUUAGAACUCGUGCGCUGUGGGCGCGUGAGCAUCCCCCUCCCCGUGCAGAAGCGGACCGUGCGUCCGCCUCUCCCCGAACCGUGCACAACGAAGUCGUGAAGUCGUGCAGACUUCGAGUGGAUGCUGGCUACCAAGCGUGGCAGUACAUCAUGCGCACCUACAAAGCGACCGACGACCUCUACAUCAGUCAACUGGAGAAGAAGUUGACCAACAUUCGUAUGGGGGAGCAGGAAUCGGCGACCGAGUACUGCAAUCGAGCACGGCGAGUUUUGGCCAAUCUGCGGAUGGCCGGCGUCGACUACUCGGUGGCGUCGUAUGUCACUCAUGUCAUCAGUGGCCUCCCCUCGGGCUACAAUCUAAUGCGCCGGAUGCUGACAAUUCCCGGCACGCGCGAGAUUCUGAACGAGGACUCGUUUUCGACCCACAUCAUCCAGGACGAGUUCAUGCAGGAGUUUGAGCGACCUGCAGAACUGCUUCCGCAUGCCAACUACGUCGCCCCGGCGAAGCAGGGACGCCAACAGGGGCAGCGUGGGCAGUCUGACGGAGGCGGUGGCUGGAAGUCGUCGAACGCAAAAUCGACGGGAGCGGAGGGCGCCGACCGCGGAAAGUCGGCGAAAGGAGGUGAUCGCGGAGGCGGUGGCUCGCGUCGAGAAGGACGCCGUUGCUACAUCUGCGAUGCUCCCGACCACCUCUCAUGGUGGCCGUCGUCGUCGAGACAACCAGCCGCGCAACGAGAAGCAGGCGUCGAAGACGUCUUGACGAAGGAUGCUGACUCCUCUGGCGGCAAUGCUCUUGGCGAGGAGGCUUCGUGCUCGAUGGUCGGCGUGGUGGAGCCGACGAUCUCGCUGGCGCUGGAGGCUGGCGAAGACUUCAAGGCGGUCGCUGCUGCUGUGCAUGCCAAUCUGACUGUCGUGCUGCUUGACAGCGGCUGCUCCCAUCAUCUGAUGGGUAUACAGGAGGCCUUCGUCGACAUGCAGCCGAGCGGCGACGUGUGCCAUGUCCGCGGCUUCAACGGGGCAAUUCAGAGCGUCGAAGGCAGAGGCACCGUUCUUCUGCAAGGGGAGGCCGGGAAGCAGUUCCUCGUCCCCGACGUACUCUACAUUCCGGGUGUUCACGCAAACCUGCUGUCUGCUGGCCAGCUCAAGGAGAACGGCGUGAAGCUACAGGACGACGGCGGAGAGAUGCUGCUGGUGUCUUCUGCCGGCAAUGUCCUUGGUCGAGCACGCUACUCCGGCAGAGUACUCUGCACCGACCUGCACCCCUGCUCGACGAAGUCGACGACGACUUCGACGGAGGUUGUGGCUCUGCGGACGAUCGCGUCUGCGACGAAGUCGACCCCGGACAUGUGGCACGCUCGACUUGCGCACGUCGGCGUCGACACGAUCAAGAGCUCGGCGAAGCAUGAGGUCGCUGCCGGUCUGGACAUCAAGAAGUCAACCGCAGAUGAUCUGCCGAAGGCUCGUUACGUGUGGGUGAGGCCGAUCGCGAAGAAGAGCGACGUGCUGAUCGUCUUCGAAAUGUGGCUGAAGGUGGUGGAGCGGCAGACUUCGAAGACGGUGAAGAUGCUGUGUUCUGACCGCGGAGGGGAGUUCCUCGGUCGCGCCUUCACUGACCUCGUCGAAGACAAGGGCAUCCUCCACAAUCUGACGUGCCCCUACACUCCGCAGCAGAACGGCAUGGCAGAGCGGGAGAUGCGCACGGUCGUCGAGGCCGUGCGGACGAUGCUUCUGCACAUGGGCGUGAAGGAUCACUAG